UCGUCUCUCUCUCUCUCUCUCUCUCUCUCUCUCUCUCUCCCCCAUUGGGUUCCAGCAUCCAUCCCCUCCGGCCUCCUUCUUCCUGCACCUCCAUUGCCCCAUUUUCCUGCCCUUUUCUAGCUCCCCUCCCCUGGACUCGUAGCUUUCCCCUCCCAAAAUAUAUGGCCACAAAUCCACAUGAACAAGCACCAUCAGCAAUCAGGAUAAAUUAACAAAGGAGAAAUCAAAAGAAACACCAAACAGGAGAAGCAGCAGCUUGAGCUAGCUCCUUUUUCUUCUCUCCCCACAUCCCAAAAACCAUUCUUUACUCUCCUCUAAGGAAACAAGCACCACACAAACCCUAAAGAAACAACACCCAAGCAGCCCUCUUGGCCUCUCCUUCUUCCCCGUCGCCUCUACUAUUCUCAUCAUCAUCAUCAUCACCAGCACGGCAGCACCACACAUCUUCUCCUGCGUCGCCAAUUAUUAAUAUUAUCGAAAGAUGGCAGGCCUGGAUUUGGGCACCAGCUCCUACCUUAACCACCACCAGCACCUCCACCUCCACCAUGAUGACGGCGGCGCGGCGGGCUCCGACGACGGCCAGGACUCGCUGUCGCCGGGAUCGGGGGGUGGGGGUCCGCCGAGCACGGCCGGGGGCGCCGGCAUCGGGGGCGGGGAGGUCGUCGCGCGCCGCCCGCGCGGCCGCCCGCCGGGGUCCAAGAACAAGCCCAAGCCGCCCGUGAUCAUCACCAGGGAGAGCGCCAACGCGCUCCGGGCGCACAUCCUCGAGGUCGCCGCCGGCUGCGACGUCUUCGAGGCGCUCACCGCCUACGCACGCCGCCGGCAGCGCGGCGUCUGCGUGCUCUCGGCGGCCGGGACCGUUGCCAACGUCACGCUGCGCCAGCCGCAGUCGUCCCAGACCGGGCCGGCCUCGCCGGCGGUCGCCACGCUCCACGGCAGGUUCGAGAUACUCUCCCUCGCGGGAUCCUUCCUCCCGCCGCCAGCGCCGCCGGGCGCCACCAGCCUAGCGGCGUUCCUGGCAGGGGGGCAGGGGCAGGUCGUCGGCGGCAGCGUGGCCGGCGCGCUCAUCGCCGCGGGGCCUGUGGUCGUCGUGGCGGCGUCGUUCAGCAACGUCGCCUACGAGAGGCUGCCGCUCGAGGAAGGUGAAGAGGUGCCCCCUCCGGCACCGCCGGGGAGCGACCAGCCCGGCGUGCCGUUCGGCGGUGACCCCGCGGCGGCGGCGGCAGCCGGCGGGCUUCCGUUCUUCAACCUGCCGAUGGGGAUGCCGCCAAUGCCGAUGGAUGGGAACGGCGGAUGGCCUGGCGCCCCGGGCGGCGGUGUCGGUAGGCCGCCGUUCUCUUGACGGAUCCCGUCCGGCCGGUGAGGUCCAAUUUGGCAAGUGCACGCGCGCGACGACAUCAUGGACAUGUACAACAACAAGCAAGUAGCAUCUCUUUGUCUCUCUCUCACUCUCUGUCGUUCACUUGUUCUUCUCUCUUGUGCCAUUGUUGUGAUCUCUCUCUGAUGUUUUUGGUGUUGACCUGUAUGGGACCGUACUUGUUGAUUGUGUUAAUUCUUGAUCAGUCGAGUGCCUCUGCUGUUAAUUUGAACUAUGUGUUGUGAGGACAUGCACUCAUAAAUUGAUCAAAAUUAGUGUUGUUGUUUGUGCCCCA